UCUCACUCAGUGUCGCCACCCGUCGCACUUGUCACAUUCCUAACCAUAAAAUAAAUUCGUCCACAGCCCAAAACUAACUUUUCCUUUCAUUUCCUUUAAACAAUUUCCAUUUCCUGUCUGAAUAAACUCCAAGUUUCGUUAAUUUCCCCAAUCCCGAAUUUCCAAGCACAUUUUCACGUCGGUUUUAAUUUCCAUUUUCAAAUAUGGCGGACCAAGAAAGUUGUAAGGACAUUCAGUUAUUAAAAAGGACAAGAAUUUCAGUUUUCGUCGAUGAAGCCUUACCAGACAUUCUAGUAGUAACGUACGAAUUCGGCGUGAAAAUAUUCAAAGGAGUUCUCCUUGAUUCCACCAAAAGAAACCUCCCCUGUGGCAUCCCCAACCUCAACCCCGCAUUUAAAGUGUCGGUAAAACCGAAACACGAAGAUGACAGUCUUUACUCAGUCAACCAAAGAUUCGCCUACACAGAGCCCAGCACUGCAAAGAAAAAAAACGUUCAAAUCCCGAGUAAAUACAAGAACAAUAAAAUGACGGUGAGGCUGCGCCCUCGUCAAGUCUUGUGUUCAAAAUGCAAAGGAAUUUGCAACGAAAACUCGGAAAAUGUCUCGCGGAAACGCAAACCGACGGAAAGUGUUUUGUCUCCGCCUGUCAAAAGGGGGCUCAAUGCGCCGAUCACUCGUUCAGUGUCGAUUCACUCCGAACUCAAUAAGAAGAAACUGGGCGAAGCCACCUUAGUUCCGAAACUUACGCGUUUGACUCCUCAGGAGGAGAAAGACGCCAUGAAUGGGAAAAUUGUCACAUUUAAAAAGCCCCUCACUGCUGUUUCGGAAAACACCCAGAAGCCCUCCUCUGACUCAGACUCGGAUGAGAGCGACACCGGCCGCAGAAUCCUCCGAAAGAAACGCAGCGUUGGCUCAAUGGAAGACCUCUGGGACGAGAGUGUCUUUGAAGAGAACGCCAACAAAAACAACAACGUCAACACGCGCACGAUUAAAAUCUCGUAUGGCCCCCAGGGCGAAGGCACAGUCCUGAAAAUCCCUGCACAGAUUGAGAACCUCAAAGAGGAGGAAAUUGAAGAAAAAAGUGAUAAUAAAGCGGCGCGAAAAGCACUAAAAAAAGCCAAAAAGGAGGCACGGAGAAAAGUUGUGUUCACUUUGGGUGGCUCUUCGCCAAGGUACACCGUCGGAAGUGCGUCCCCGAGACAUGGCUUAGGGAACAACAGCCCAAGGUACAUGUGUCCAGAUUUGAGCAUACCGAGGAGGAGGAAGCACAAAAUGAAGCAUAAAAAGAAGCAUAAGGAGGAUCGUAAACACAGGGAGGGUGAGGUAAGUUCAACUCAAGAGGACCCAAAAGAGCAAUGCAUCACCCAAAAGCUGUCAAUUAACUUAAAACGACUUAACAACACGUAUGCAUCUUAUCCUACUGCCCCCUCUGACAAAACCCCCGAAGAGAACACGUCCAGUUCCGAUGAACACAGCGAACAAGUUCCAGACUUCCCUCCACCAACGCCACCUAUAAUGUUGCGCAUCAAUUCGCAAACAUUAUCGAGCGCACCGACAGCAGAUGGAGGCCGUAUGUUGGUCGGCGAUGUCGUCUGGGGCAAAAUCCACGGCUUUCCUUGGUGGCCAGGCAAAGUGCUCACCAUCACGAACUGUGGAGGCCAAGGGCCCCAAGCGCAUGUCGCAUGGUACGGUUCCUCAACGUCGUCACUAAUGCAGUGCGAUCAGUUAAGUCCAUAUUUAGAAAAUUUUAAGAUACGUUACAAUAAGAAAAAAAGGGGGCCAUACAAAGAAGCCAUCAAGCAGGCGACGCUGGAAGCGAAGGAAAACGCCGAAAUAAAGAUGCGCCAACCUUUAGGAAACUCACCUUCCCAUAAUAUCAUCCAACAGGUGGUGCCACCUGCUUUGGCGUCGCCUAGAGAAAUUGAUGUUGUAUCAUAAUGAAGCAUUUUUCUCCUCCUUGUUUGGUGGAACAUACAGGUUUUGUUGUAGCGUGUUUAAAUCACGCUCAUCACCCUGUAUAUACUAAAUGUGUUAAUAGCUACUACUGCGCAUUGAUGUAUUCUUUUUUAUAAAGUACUUUAUAUUUAUACAGAAAUAUUUGUAUGCAGCAGGCGUAACAUGUUUCUUAUUUUAAUUCCUGAUAUUGUAUCAUCUCUUGUAAAGAAUAUUUUUUGUGAUAACUUUGGAUGAUUGUUUUCAUAUUGAAGUGUUUUAUUCAAGAUUUUUAUAGGGUUAAGUCAUAGUUACUACUAUCUGUUAAACAAUAAUCAAUAUAUCUGUGAUUUUAUUCCUUUAGAAACAUGUAAGUAGUAAAAUUAAAUUAAUAAAGUCAUUUGGUACUAAG